UUGAAAUUGAGGGCGCUCUUAUGAGUGAAGUUGUCACGUCAGUACAGCUGGCGUAGCUAGCAGCUGACCAUAUUGCAAAUAAAUGCUGCUUUAUGAAGUACAGAAGGUACGGCAGCAUUGUGAAACAUACGUGUAAGUGAGCGGAAAGCAACUGAACAGUCAAUCGAAGGAAUCUGCAUGAGCAAUGGCAACGAGUAACAGCAACUGCAACAGCUCGUCUGCUGAAACAAAGGAGGACUUUAUUGCCCGCAUAUCGGAGCGGGUGGUCAGCGGCCUGAACUGCAUCAGUCUGGCCAUGGGUAUAGAGACAGGGCUGUUCAAGGUGAUGAUCGACCUGGGAGAACCCAAGACUUGUCAGGAGAUUGCAGACGCUGGCAAUUACAAAGAAAGAUAUGUCAGAGAGUGGCUAGCCAGCAUGGCAGCGACUGACAUCGUUGUGUACGAUGCGCCGAGCCAGACAUACUGGUUGCCCCCGCAUCACCACUGUGCCGACGGUUCGCUUAAAGCCACUGCUAUGGUGCAAGCAAUCCCUAACCUGUGUGCUGCAUUCUUUGAUGUGGCUGAGUGCUUCAAGAAAGAUGGGCCCCCAGGUGUGUCCUAUGACAAGUAUGGCAAGUUUGAUGAACUAAUGACCGCGAUGAACCAGGUAUUCUUCAGGGAGCACUUGGUGCAGAACUUCUUCCCCACUAUGCCUAAGGUCUAUCAACAACUGCAACAAGGAAUCCAAGUUCUAGAAAUCGGGUGCAGCCAGGGAGUAUCAACCAGAGUCAUCGCCGAGGGCUUCCCGAAGUGUCAGGUGUAUGGAAUCGACAUCACAGAAGACGGCAUCAGACACGCUCAACAGAAAGCCAAGGAGAUGGGUUUGGGAAACGUCCAGUUCCUCUGUCUUUCUGGGACUGUCUUGCCUGCGGACUGGUCUGACAAGUUCGACUUUGUGUUCAUGCACAACGUCCUCCACGACUUGCCCCAUCCCAUGAAAUGUCUCCACGAAAUUUAUCGCGUCUUGAAAACGGGCGGGACCUUGUCGGUCAUUGACACUGCCUCGUAUUCAAAACUCGAGGAUAACCUCUCCAAGGCAGCCGCUUUCACCAGGUAUGCCUCGGUCCUGAGCAUGAUGAAUUGCGUCCCGACGUCCCUGUCUGCCGAAGGAGGGAUAGGGCUUGGGGCCCUGUGGGGGCGGGAGAAAGCCAUGGAAAUGAUGCAGGCGGCCCACUUCGAAAUCGUCGCAGUCAGCCCUUUGGCGACGAGAAAUUCUCUCAACUAUCAGUGCCAGAAAGUCUGAGUAAGAAAAAAGUUUGGUAUUGACCUUUUAUGACUAAGCAUAAAGCUGGUAAAGGUUGACACCUCAACAAUUUUAGAAAUUGGAUUUCAUUCAAAUUCUUUAAAAAAAGUUUACUUACUACGGUCUCUAGAGGUUAUUAGAGUAAACUUGGAGGGUAACUGCCUGUGCAUAUUUGAUCUGCAAAUUUCACAGAGCUGGUAGGCAUGAAAAUUCGCUUAGCACAAAAAAAAAUUGCUCUUCAAAAUUGGGUAACCAGCCAAAAUGUCAUGCAAUGCUCACUGCUAUUAACUGGUGCCCAGCUGAUUCUUAAUUAGCAUACAAAUUCGCUUAGCAGAUCCAUGAAAUUGGGCCAAGCUGGUUUUAACCAAUGCUGAAGUUCAGCAUUGCAAAUCUGUGAUUGAGAUUUUGAUUGGAAAAAAAAGGACUUUGGACGUGUUAAAACACGAUGGAAGAUAAAAAAUAUAUAUUAAGAUUGUGUAUUGUGUCAUAUUCACACGAAAGAGUAAUGCAGUUUAUAGGUUUAUUUACUCUUAAAAAAACCCAGACACUGUGAUCGCAGCUGGCCCAUGCCUUGUCAUUUUAGUGUGUGUAGAUUUGUGUGCCUUUUGGUUAAUCCAUUCCAAUAUAAUUCUGUUAACUAAAGCAAUAUAAUGAGUAAAAUCUUGUAUUUUAUCUGCAUCACUUUUAAGAAGCAAAGUUAUAUAUUCAUAGCUGAAAAUAAAUAAAACAAGCUCGAAAUGAUCUCGGGAGCUGCGGGACAACAAA